AUGGACGACAGUAAUUCUUUCGCAAUCUAUUUCAACUACGGAGGGUACAUGGUUAAUAUUGAUGGUUUCUUGGAUUUCUUUGGUGAUAAUAUUCACUUAGUUACUGGACUAGACUUGGAUAGAUUUGGUUUCUUUGAUCUGGUAGAAGAGAUUGAUAAGUUGGGUUGUAAAGAGUGGAAUAAGAUAUUGUACAAGGCAAAGAGAGGUAGACCAAGGAUACAUGCAUUGCCUAGUGGGUCUGAGAAUGUACUAGUUGUCCCUCCAACACAAGGCAGUGGCCACAUAGCUUCACCUCCAACACAGGACUAUAGCCACUUAACUGCACCUCCAACACAAGAAACAGGGAGAAAGAGAAAAAAUCCAACACAAGAAAAUGAAAUCCACAUAGCUCAAACAAUGAAAGAUAGAGCACUGAUGUCAAGUGACAAAAGAGUGCGCUUGGUGAACCCUGUUGGUGGUCCUAGUACCAGGAGCCGAUCCAAGAACUCUGUUGGUGGUCCUAAUACCAGGAGUCGAUCCAAGAACUCUGUUGGUGGUCCUAGUACAAAGAGUCCAUCCAAGAACUCUGUUGGUAGUCCUAGUACCAGGAGCCGAUCAAAGAAAAUUCAAGAUUGUUCUAUUUCAGGCACUCAAGAGAGUGUGGCUAAUAAGUUGUCUACAUGA